AUGGCCGCCUGCUCGGCGGUACCCAACGUCGCCAACAACGUCAACGAUUGCGCGAGUCGAAAUAACAAACAGCAACAACAGCAACUGAUGGAUCUCAACGGCAAGAGCAACAACGGUGGUGGUGCACCUUCACUGAGCCAGAACAAGGUAGCCUGGCAGCAGCGUCUGCUGGGCAAGCAGCUAUGCCGCUGCGCCAAGCCCGGCCUCAAAUCGUCCACCCUCGAGCUCUUGGUCAACCAGUGCGAGGUGCUGGGCCUGUACUUCAGCUUCGUCGAUCCGGCGGCGAGCUGCGACGACUUCACCCGGCAUCUCGCUCAGCUCUACGAGGCUCUCAACAACAGUGGUAGUGGUAAUAAUGUCAAGAAGAAGCUGGAGGUGGUGCACGUGCUGCUGUGGAGCGGCGCCGCGGCCCAGGAGGUGCUCGACGUCGAGGCCAGCUUUCGCGAGCACGUGUCCGAUCUGCCCUGGCUGGCCGUCGCCUGCGACGAUUACGAGCGCAAGACACGACUGACGCGCCGCUACCGCAUCAAGGCCGGCGUGCCGACCCUCGUGCUGCUGGACAACGCCACGGGCCAGGUGAUCACGCGGGGCGGCGUCGAGCGCGCCCUGGCCGAUCCCCAGGCGGUGGGCUUCCCCUGGCGGCCGGCCCAUCCCAAGCAGGCCCUCGAGGACGGCCCGCUGCUGCCGUGCGCCGGACGCGACAGCAACGAGCCGAUGCUGCACGAGGAGCUUAGACACUGCUACAAGGCCGUCUACUUCAGUGCCCACUGGUGUCCGCCUUGCAAGGCUUUCACGCCGCAGCUCGUCGAGACGUAUCAGCGCAUAAGGGAGCGCGGUCACGACUUCGAAGUGAUUUUCGUUAGCUCGGACAGGAGCGAGGAAUCGUACAAGACGUACACGGAAACGAUGCCCUGGCUGAGGAUACCCUUCGAGCAGGAGGACCGACGCCAGAGACUCGCCCGAGCCCUCGACGUCCAGGCCAUACCCACCCUGGUCAUACUCGAUCCGAGGGACAACAUAAUCACCCUCGAGGGUCGCACGGAACUGCUCGAGGAUCCCGAGGGUCUCAACUUCCCGUGGACGAGUCGGCUGGUAAACAUCCUCACGGAAAAAUAUGCGACGUCGCUCCACGACGCACCCGCCAUCAUUCUCUUUGUUGAGGGCGACGACUGCGAGAUACAGUUCGGCGAGAGCGUUCUGCUGCCCGCGGCGGAGUUGUACAGGCGCGAACGACCCGACUACGAUCCCAACUUCGACGAUCCCGACGAUCAGUUGCAGUUCUACAUUGCCCUCGACUGCGAGACGUCCGACAUACUCCGGGAAUUCGUCGGCCUCGAGGACGCGGUGCCGCUGCUCACCGCCGUGGACAUACCACGGGGCCUCUACGCCGUGAUGGAGGACGGCGCCGAGAUCGGCGUCGAGUCGGUCCAGCAGUUCGUCGACUCGUAUCGCGCCGGCAAGCUGCAGACCCACAAGAUCACUGCGGUGCACAAGCAGAGCGGCGGCGGCGACCAGCAGCAACACCAGCCCGACGAGAGCCAAGAGUGAAUGCGUUCAAUCAUUAAAAUUUUUAAUUUAUAGAGAGAAUACGCGACGAUGCGUAACGAGAGAACUAAUUAUAUCGUGUGUGUAAACUCGAGUAACCGAAUAUGUGAUAAUUGUAGAUUUUCACGAAAUUUUAGUUGACGAUAGUAUAUAAGGUGCGCGACAGUAUUUUAGCGAUAUUCCGUUAAUUUUUUCCUGUGUCUUCUUUUUUUGUUUUUUAAGAGGCCCGCCCGAUUAAUAAACUGUAUAAUGAGUUUUAGUUGUAGGUAUAUAGUGUAGCACCGCUUAAUAACAAAGUCUAAGCUUCUUUACAUCGUGUCCAGAUUGAUAAAUUCUAUAUAUGGAAAAUAUAUGAAACGGCGACAAUUAUAAUCGUGAUAUUUUUGGAAGACGAUUCAAACUUCGAAAAGAUAUAUUUGUAAAUUAAUCAGAGUUCUUAUUGUACUACUAGGAGAGAAAAAAAGCAAAGCUUCUUAUUUGUAUGCAAGCCAAAAUGAAAUUAUAUCAUAUAGCUAUAUGUGUGUAGAGGUAUGUUUGCGGACUCAGUUGUUAUAAAGAAAAAAAAUGUUCGUUUCAA